AAGUAUAUAUGGGUCCAGUGUUUACUGUUAGCUAGUUAGAGCUCUUUGUUUUGUCAUCACUUCAAAGUCAAAAUGUCGCGGCUGUGUAACAGCUUACGCUGUUUGCCAUAACUUAUCCGAGGGGCAGAUAUUAUAACAGAUACUGAUAAACGGUUUCAGGAUACAGAUUUAUUUGCCUCCAUACUUUUUUUUUUUAUUUUUUUCAAUAUUUUGUUUUGUCCACUUGUAACUGGAGAGGAAGCUUCAUCUGGAAACGUCGGUGUGAGGUCAUCCUAAAGUUUCGAGAAGGUCUAAGUUGAAGGUGGCAGCCAUGGUGUUGAUUCUGGGCAGAAGGAUGAACAGAGAGGACUCUGGGAUCAGAGACUCACCAGCUGUCAAACGCAAGGUUUUUGAGGUUGACUCCAAAACUUUAGCCAGCCAGGAAGUCUUGGACUUCUGUUCUGGCUCAUCCCACUCAGAGGGCAUCCUGCAGGUAUUCAAUGAGUUUCGCGACUGCCGCCUGUUUACUGAUGUUGUCAUCAGCGUGCAGGGCCGCGAGUUCCCCUGCCAUCGCGCUGUGCUUUCUGCCUGCUCCUCCUACUUCAGAGCCAUGUUCUGCAAUGAUCACCGCGAGAGCCGCGAGAUGCUGGUCGAGAUCAACGGCAUCCUGGCUGAGGCGAUGGACUCCUUCCUCACCUAUGUUUACACCGGCCGUGCCAAAAUUACCACAGAGAAUGUCCAGUUCCUCUUUGAGACCUCCAGCCUUUUCCAGAUCUACACACUGCGUGAUGCCUGUGCCAAGUUCCUGGAGGACCAGCUGGACCCUUGCAACUGCCUGGGCAUCCAGCGCUUUGCAGAUGCCCAUAGCCUGAAGCAGUUAGCCAGCCGCUGCCGCAGUUACGCCCUGGCCAACUUCUCAGAAGUGGCUCAGCAUGAGGAGUUCCUCGACCUACGCAUAGAAGAGCUGGAGGAGUACACUGGCAGCGAUGAGCUGUCUGUUGGUAAGGAGGAGGUGGUGUUUGAGGCAGUGAUGAGAUGGGUGUACCAUAGUGUGGAGCACAGAAGGCCCAUGCUGAAGGACCUGCUGCACCAUGUGCGCCUGCCCCUUCUGCACCCCAACUACUUUGUCCAGACAGUGGAGGGAGACCAGCUCAUCCAGAAUGCUCCAGAGUGCUAUCAGCUCCUCCACGAGGCCAGACGCUACCACGUACUCGGAAAUGAAAUGAUGUCACCCAGAACUCGUCCUCGCAGGUCGACUGGCUACUCUGAGGUGAUUGUGGUGGUGGGGGGAUGUGAGAGAGUGGGGGGCUUCAACCUGCCCUAUACUGAAUGCUAUGAUCCAGUCACAGGAGAGUGGAAAUCACUGGCCAAACUACCUGAGUUCACCAAGUCAGAGUAUGCUGUCUGCGCCCUCCGCAACGACAUUCUGGUGUCAGGUGGCCGCAUCAACAGCAGGGACGUGUGGAUGUAUAACUCCCAGCUCAACCUGUGGAUCAGAGUGGCUUCUCUCAACAAGGGCCGCUGGAGACACAAGAUGGGCGUCCUACUGGGCAAGGUCUAUGCUGUAGGUGGCUAUGAUGGGCAGAGCCGCCUGAGCAGUGUUGAGUGUUAUGACUCCUUCUCCAACCGCUGGACAGAGGUGGCUCCGAUGAAAGAGGCCGUCAGCUCUCCAGCUGUGGCCAGCUGUGCUGGCAAGCUCUUUGUCAUUGGAGGAGGACCUGAUGAUGACACUUGUUCCGAUAAGGUUCAGUGCUAUGAUCCUGAGACAGACUCUUGGUUGCUGCGGGCAAACAUCCCCAUCGCCAAGCGCUGCAUCACGGCAGUGUCCCUCAACAACCUGAUCUAUGUGUGCGGUGGUCUCACCAAGUCCAUAUUCUGCUACGACCCCGCAGAGGACUACUGGAUACAUGUGGUUCACACCUUUAACAAACAGGAGAGCUGCGGCAUGUCAGUGUGCAACGGGAAGAUCUUCAUCCUCGGCGGCAGAGGGGAGAAUGGUGAAGCGACAGACACCAUCCUGUGUUACGACCCAGCAACAGGCAUCAUCACAGGUGUGGCGGCCAUGCCGCGGCCGAUCUCCUACCACGGCUGCGUCACCAUCCACCGCUACAAUGACAAGUACCACAGGCCCUGACCCUAAACAAGCACCCAGACGCACACACUAAAGAACUUAAACUCUUUGAACUUAAGUUUUUCAAGUUCACCUGAUGCACAGCACAAAACACAAUCACACACUUCUUUAUCCACAGUGCCUUUUGAGCUAAUUUAUUUUCUCACAGCAUCAUGUAGCAGAACUCAUUGUGGUGCUGUGAACCUUUUGCUGUUGUCUACUAUAGUUAAAACCCUUCUGUGGAAACGCUCAGUGGUUUAUGAUGCUGAUGACUUGUCUGUAACUUGAGCUAAAGUGGAGUCAGAUCGACAUGGCAGAUGUGCCUCACAUUAGUAGUAACUGCACAAGGUUGGGAAGAAUUAAAGGAAACUGAUUAUGAUAGAGGAUUACUUGGAUUGUAAAAGUAGAUUCAUUCUUAACCUUAAGAUAACGAAUCUGUGGUGACUUAUUCUAAAAUCAAAGUUCAAUUUCUUAUAUUUUCACAUAGCUUUCAAUCAUAUCCUAUCAUGUGACCUAAACACAAUACUUACCUUUAAAAGAGACUGUUAGGCAACCAACAAUAAAAUAGAACCAGUAAAACAGGCUGUGUGUGCACCAACUUCAACGAACACAAGAUCUUAAUCACUCACUGGCAUAUUUCAUUUCAAAGGAUAUGAUGCCAUUUUAAAUAGCUGAGAAGCCUGGCUUUUUAAGAUCGUUAGUGUGUUUUUCAACAAAAAAAAAAGUAAUUCCAGUUUGCUUUAGUGCCAAUUUAAGAGUUUUAAGCACAUUUUGAUGAUCACCAGGAUGUCAUGAAUCACAGUUAUUUCGGCCAGGGUAAUCGUGACAUGAAAUUUUCACAUCGUCCCCUGCCUGGACAUGUUGACACCUGAGCAAGUUUAAGUUUACUGAUUAAAGAAAACUCAAUUAAAAGCUUGGAUUAAUUAACAUAUUUUUCAAAGAAAUUUUACCACUUAAGUUUCUAAAUAACAGAGUAAACUGUCUGCCUACCUAACUGCGUGUUAAAGGGCUAAAACUCCAAACACUAACAUUGAGUUUCCAGAAUUGACUUUAUUACAGUACUGAUUACAAGCAGGUAAUCAGUUGGACAGUCUGCCUCCCAACACUGUGCUUUUAUUACUGUGCAAAGUCACCUCACCCUCAGAUCUAGGUUGCUGAUGAGCUGAAAUAAACUCAGAUAGUGCUGAUGAACAAAAACAACGCCUUGAGGCAAAAAUUGAAAAACAGCCUUAUAAAAAUGGCCAAAAUGAUCUGCCCACAGAGGAAUAUGAAUUUAUUUCUGAUUGACAGAUGAGCAGCCAGGUUAGAUUUUGAACCUUGUACCCACUGCACUCCACAUGGAUAUGUACAUACAGUAGCACAGCAGCACAAUGCAGGUAAAGAACAUUAAAAGUACUGUCCUUUGCUUUUUAUCUCGUUUCCUUGAUACUAAAAAUGACCUGAUGAAAAUGUGGUGAACAGUCAGCCAGCUGCUCUCCUGCAGUAUCAGUGGUCAUAAGUACAAGUCAGUGUCACCCGUUGACCCAGAGCGGAGUUAGGAGAAGAGAUAAACAGCAGAGGCUGUACCAAAACAUUGGAACAUAGCCACUGUUAGCUUUGCCCUCUUUAUUUCCUCUUUUUUCUCAAACCCUCCACUUAUCACCCAGUUCCACUUCCUCUGUGCAUUUCCCUUUUGCAUCCUCCAGCUGUGUCAUCACCUCACAUUUUGAUAUCUCCUGUUAAGCUUUAUUUUUGCUCCAUUUUGAUAAUUAUUACACUCAUUACUGACGUUUUAUUUUUUAUUUUUUUUAAGUUAUACUUGUUUGUCUUUUUUUAUAAUUGGAUGUUUACUGUAUUAUAAGUAGCUUUAGUGUGUCUGUUUCAUAUCAAUGUUAGUUCAUUGGUGUACUGGGCUUGUGGGUGGUUUUGUAGAUGUGAGAAGCCUUUGUAGAUCAAACUCGAAGACUGCUCUGAAUAAGUGGUGUGCAUGUUUGGUGUGUAUGUACAGUUUGUGACUUUUACGACUUGGUGUGGAUGCGUCGGAGCCAAGGAGGUUUCUCGGAGUACUAUAGUGUAAGCAUCGCACGAAUGCUAGCUUGUGUUCACAGAGGGUUUCACACUGAUGAUGGCACCUCUCACCUGUGCACUUACAUGUAAAGAUGUAACUCGGGGUAACCAUAGAUACCUCCAGGUGUGUAUGUGUGUAUGUGUGUUUACUGGUCUGCUAUGGUAGUGUGUGUAGCAGUGCUACACCUCUCAUGGGGGGGUUAAAGGGACAGUUCACAUCAAAAUUAAAAAUACAUAUUCUUCCUCUUACCUGUAGUGCUGUCUAUCAGUCUAGAUUGUUUUAGUGUGAGUUGCUGAGUGUUGGAGAUAUCGGCCGCAGAGAUGUCUGCCUUCUCUUGAAUAUAAUGGAACUAGAUGGCACUCGGCUUGUGGUGCUCAAAGCGCCAAAUGUCUCUUUCCAGAAACUAUGACCCAGCUACUCAAGAUAACCCACAGACCUUGCUGUGAGCAGUUUCAUGUAGAUUCAUCAGUUAGGACUUAGGGUGUUAAAAUCCCUGGAGUUUCAGUACGGUUUGUGCCAGAGCAUAGGUAUUUCUGCCAUGACAACCCGACACAUCAUCAGUUGUGCACCUCCACAUCAUCAUUUCGGCCUUUAUCACAAGACACCCUCCACUGAGGCAGGCCCACCACAGGCAGAUCCGGCCUGGGUAUGUGUCAGAAAGUUUGCUCCUCCGUGGUCACCUAGGGGCCCAGACGAGAUCCUUUCUCCUCAGCCAUAGCCAGUGUCUGGACCUCUCAACUGUAUGGGCCAGAUCCUUGACCACUUUCCUCUGGACCUGCCCAUUAAUCCCGAUUUCCUUGAGGAGCCUAGCGGUGGAUCUAGCGUCGAAGCCUGUGCAGCCCACCUCAAUCGAUUGCACCACAGCUUUCCAGCCUCUAGUGGCCGCUUCAGUUACGAGGCUUUCUACGCCAUCUAGUUCCAUUACAUUUAAGAGAAGGCAGACAUCUCUGCAGCCGAUAUCGCAAACACUCAACAACUCACACCAAAACAAUCUAGAUUGAUAAAUAGCACUACAGGUAAGAGAAAAAAUAUGUAUUUUUGAUUUGAGGGUGAACUGUCACUUUAAGAGUUCUGAUUGACAAGAUUUUGAAUGAUGUGGCUCAUGGUCAGUAAAAGUCACCUUUUACUACGGUAGGCGUUGAUAGACUAGAGAUAUUGCUGUGAAUAUAACUUGUUUAACGUGUAUUUAAAUGUAUCUUUUUUUGGUUGCAUAUUGUGUUUUUCUCUAACUGAGAGCCCCAAUUGUGCACUUUGACAGAAUCCUGUUAAAUGUAGAAUUAUAUGACAAUGAUUUCCUUUUUUUUUUUCUUUACUGUAUCAGUAAAUGUUCUUUGCUUUCAUGUGACGUAUGGAAGAGACAGUAAAUGGGCCUGUAAUCUCCUCCUGUUGGCCGCUACCUGCUAUGGCUCUGAUUUUCUUUUGAAAACAACAAAAACUGCUACAAGAGAACAGUGACGAGAGUUUCAGCUCCCUAUUUUAGGUUGACAAGUUAGGGAUCAGUGAGAUUGUGUGUUUGUCACCGUCUAACAAUGUGUGCCUUUAUAAUACACAGCAUAAGAAGAGCACAGAUUGAGCUUCUGUCUGUCAGUCACAAUGCCAAAAACAGGUGGAGGUAUUUCGGCUUAAACCAUCCUCCAGGUGUUUUCUUAGAAGGAUUAGUCCAGUGUCAGGUCUCAAACAGAAGUACAGGCUGAAAAGGAAAACAUCCUCAGGCCCACCAACACUCCGUAACAUAAGUAACAUACUUAGGGUAACUCAGGAGGCCAACAAGAGGAGGCUCAGGGGCAAGAAUGUUGGAAAGCACACAAGUUAGAGGGCGUUAGAUAAAUAGUGCGAGAGAGAGAAUUUGAGUGUGUGUGCGUCUGUGAUUUCACUGAGUAUUUACUUUAAACAUUGUCUUGUUAUGUUGAUGUAUUGAUUUUCAUUAUCAGCUAUGUAGUGGCCUUCAUACAUGGUUUGCUUUGAUAAGAUUAUUCAUUGUGUUUGUUGGAUGAUUUCAUUUUCUUCUGAGUGUUGUGGUGAGUUGUGGGACCGUUUGUUGCCGAGAUAUUGUGAUUCCCACGUGCAAAUGGCAUGCGUGAGAGCCUAACGUUAACAGUUGAUUGGUGGAUUUUGAUAUGAAUGCAGAUUUAAACCAAAAUGGAUGAGAUUCAAUCCCAAAAGACCUUGAUCUAAAAUGCCAGUGGGUAAAAUGCGCUUGAAUGCAAGCUGGGGGCUUUAAGGUGUUAACUGCAGAAUGCUGCCCUUUGUGCCUUUUAAUAAAAGAAUGAUGAGUGGGAAUUAAAGUGUAUGAUUUUGAUAUAAACUUUUCUUAUUGUAUGUAUGAUGUGAUAUUUUUAACACCACUUUCUCCUCAGAUGCUUUGUGUCUAAUGGCGAGAAAGCUUUGGAUUUUUGUAAACUGCAGUAUGUUGAAAUGUAACGGUUGACUUGUGUAAGAGAAACAUCAAUAAAGUUUUUCUUUCUUUACCAGCA